UCAUGUUUUACACCAAAACAGCCAAUAGAAUCUUUUUCUUGAUUUCAGUUUUGGAAUCUUUCAAUGAAAAAAAUAAAACAUUCUUUCCAGGAAAUUAUUGGGAAAAAUAUAAGUAGAACUGAAACAGAUAGCCUGAAAAACAGAUUACCCAGUUUUAGAUUCUGGGUGCAAUGGAAGAUCAAAGAGUAAUGGUAAUCCAGGAUGCAUCUAAACAAGUAUGUUCAAGUGCCAUUAAAUGGGCACUUCAUGCCUUAAUUCUUAAGCCUGGAGAUUUGCUUCUCCUCCUUGGUGUCCUUCAUCAGAUCAAUCAUCCUACACCUGUUGUAUCUCUCAAAGGAACAAGGAAGCUUGUGGGAUAUAGGAAGAAAAUGGGUUUCAGUUCAAAGUUUGCAGCAAAUCACACAAUUGUUGAUAGGGAAACAAGGAAGGAGGAGUUUGAGAAUAAUGCUGAAAUUUUGGAGAUUUCAAAGCUUUGCAAAGCACAAAAGGUUGAGUUUAGGAUAGAAGUAACUUCAGGAGCAUCACCAGCAGUUGUGGCUAUGCAAUCCGCACAAAAUAUGAAGGCAACAUGGGUAAUUCUAGACAGGAAGAUGAAGAAAAACAAGAAAAUCUUUCUGGAAAAGCUUCCAUGUGGGAUAUCAAGGAUGAAGAAAAACAAUGGCAUCAAGUUAUUGAGAGGACCAAGAACAAAAUUUUGUUUAACUUAUGAUGAUAUGAUACCAGGGAACCCUGAAGAAGAUGACCUUUUCAGCAUUGAACUUUUCCCAACAUGUAAAACUAUUUCUGAUAAACCUGUUUAGUAUUGGGUUAAUACAUAAAUUAGUCCCCCAAGUA